AUGUCUAUAAACGUGUUUAUUGUUUAUAUUAAAUACAAUAUAAUAAAAACUGAUUCAACUCAACCACCCCUUAAACUAGAAAGGGGUCAAACAAUUGAUAAUUUUAAACAAAAAUGUUAUGAAUUAUGUCAACAAUAUUUGGGAGGUAUUUGGUUGGACACGACUAUCGAUGAAGUAGAGGUCCGACGACUAAGUGGUGGACUAACCAAUCAGUUAUAUUACUGUGCUAUAAAUAAAAAGACAGUUAAUACCUCUGAUGAUGAUAUACCGCAUGAAGUGGUCGUCCGAUUUUAUCAGGAGAAGCAUUUCAGUGAAAACGAACGGAUGUCCGAUACUGUAAUAGCGGUAUUAAUAUCGGGAAACAAUUUGGGACCCAAAUUGUACGGUAUAUUUCCUGGAGGACAGAUACAAAAAUAUUAUCAGCACAAAUGUUUUCGUGUAGAACAACAAAAAGAUCCAAAACUAGUCGAUGAAGUGGCCAAACGGUUGGCCAGAAUUCAUACAAUGGAUGUUAGUCAACAGUUUGACUUACCGGCGCUUAUCGAUGAGUGUCAGUGCGAAACACUCAAACAGUAUGACAUUAAACAAGAGUUGGAUUGGCUUAAAGGUGUGAUCAUUAAAUCAAAGUCUCCGAUUGUCUUCAAUCACGUGGACUUUCGCGGAUCUAAUAUAAUGAUCACCGAAAAUGAUGGUCUAAUACUUUGCGAUUUUGAGUACUCGGCGUACGGUUACCGUGGCUUUGAUUUUGGCACCAUUUAUGUUGAGUGGGGAAGAGAUAUGCACUUAGAUUAUUUCAGUGGCAUCACUCAGUUAGCAGCCGAUUCUGAUUUUAAGCCUUUUAUUAAAAGUUAUAUUCAAGAAAUGAGAUAA